AUCUCCUAGUCAAAGAACAAAAAGCAGCUUCUGCACUUUCUACGCCUUUCACGCUUGUCUUCAAAUCUCUUAUAACCUGUGCCUGAAUCACCAUGGACACAGUUCAGCAAUUAACCCGCUCUGCCAUGCGAAGAGUUUCUGAAGUGAAUCCACAAACCCGCCAAAACCUACAGGGACUCUUUGUCAAUUUUACUCUGAUUCUUAUUUGUCUCCUUCUUAUGUACAUCAUAAAGCUGCUGAUGUUUUAACACUGGGGCAUGGACUCUAUUAACAAACUGCUACAUCUCUUCUAAACUGUGAUAUCAAAAUGUCUAUGUCCUGUUCAUUUAGUUGAGACUACUCGAGAUUAUGCAUUAUCAAACAUUUGUUUCAACAUGAUUAUUUCAAACUGUAAAUCUUCACAAUGUUGAGAAAACCUCCAGUAUAGGCCAUUGCAUAUGCGCAAAGAGUUAAUGCUUGUGACGGUUUUGUUUUUAGCGGCCGUCUUGGCUAAUAGCAUUUAUGCACUUUACCAAAUAUAAAAUGCUAUGAUCUAUUAUGAGCUGUGUCCGAUACCUUAAAUUAAAGUCCCUCCAUGGCCUAUGUAGAAGAUGGUGUACAGUGUGCUCCAGGAGAUGUGUUCAGAUUAUCACAAACAUUUCAUUUGGAUUCAAGAUGUACGAGUAGAAAAUAUUUUGAAAUUGAACUGAAAAGAGCACAUUGUGAACAGCUUGAGAAGAUUCAAUUUCUGGAGGCUACAUGAACACUACAUUCAACAUGUGUGUAAAAUGGUUUACUAUUUCUUUUCCUAUUAUAAUGACAAAUUAACUCCUAUUGUGGGAUUGUACACCAAGUCAGCAAGUCAAUGUCUUUGCAUGUCAGGAACAAUGUGAUUUGAUAAAGACUUGCAUUUAUAUAGCAGUUUUCACAUCCUUUUCAAUAUGUCCUGAAGUGUUUAGCAUGUAAUAAAAUAUUUUAUGAGCAUAGGUUACUAUUGUGUACAUAUUUCCACUUGUUGAGCAAUUCUUUGCUAAUGUGUGAGUGAACAAAUAUUUAGCGUUAUUGCAGUAUAGGUUUAAAUUAAGAGGACCCUACAGCUAUUUGAUACAACAAGAAGCUAUUUCUUAAUUGGUGUCCAGUAUUAUGGUCCCAACAAUCAAUUCUGCUUACAAUUUCCCGUUGUGAAUUGCUAAAGAAGUAAUUGCUGGCAUCUGUCUUCAAGUCCUCAUUCAGAGUAGAAGUGUUAGGAAAUCAGUAUAUUUUGUGCUGCAUGUACCUGAAAUUCUGUUAUGUAAAAUUUGCAAUAAAAUUCCAAACAAGUU